AUGUCGGGGGAACUUCAGACUAUACCUGCGCGCCAUGGGGCUGCGACUUUUGUGCCUCGAGGCAGGACGAUCAAGGUCAUUAAUACGUAUGGGAAGCAGGUAGUCAGUAUGUGGGCUUUCACGUUGGGCCCGCCGCCUGAAGAGGGGGAGGGGGAGGAGUUGAGUGAGGAGGAAGUCAAGAAGGAGGCAGAGGAGAUAAAGAGGGUGGUUGAAGAAGGCGAGAAGAAGGAGGAAGAGACAAUAAAGGAAGAUAAGGAGAUCAAGAAGGAAGGUGGAGAGGGUGAAAGUGAGGAGAAGAAAGAGAGCAAGGACGGCGAAAGUGGGAAGAAGAAAGAGACUAAAGACGGCGAGAAGGAGACACAGUCGAGUGAGGAUACCACCAAUGGAACAAGUCAAGACACUCCAACUCCGCCUGAAAAAGCGCCAGAUACCCCCGAGAAUGAAAAGACGACGGAAUCAACCGAGCCAUCAUCUAAGCAACCCCCUAAGCGCACUUGGGCGUCCUACCUCCCUUCGAUCCCCUAUCGCAACAAAGGCGCAGCAAACAAGCAAGAGACGGAACAAAAGCCCAGUGCUGAGCAAGUCAAGAAACAGAAUGAGGAGAACACUAAGAAAUGGUCGUCAUAUCUACCUACAGGCAAGAGUUUCUCAAGCUACGUGCCCAACGUUCCGAACGUGGAAGUCCCAGACUCCAAGUCUGUCAUAAGCGCAUUCAAGUCAAGUCACUACCGCGAUCCAAACAAGAGCUAUGCAGAGCAACUGUACGACUUUUCCAAGACACCUGUGGGCGCGGGAACAAUGGCCGCUGCCACCGGUUCUGGCUACGCAUCCUCUGUCUAUGCCGCCUACUCAGCCUACGCCUCCAUGCACCCCUCCAACGCCUCCCAACCCCCUAUGGAAUACCUCUCCCUCCCCCACACCCGCACCGCCUCGCACAAGCUCGUGCCAGAAGUCAACGACGAGUUGCUAACCAACCUCCGCAACCCCAUCCUCACCCUCAUCGAAGACACCUCCCCCGGCGCCCACGACACCCUCACCGCCGCCUGCGACGCCAACCAGUACGCCGCACUCGGCAUCGACAAGCCCGCCGAACACGGCAGCUGCGCCGAGAAUCUCGUCCUCGCCCUCAAAGAAAUAAACGAGACGUCUGGCCUCAAAGGUGCAAAAGCGGUUGGCGCUGAUAUUACUGUUAACAUUGCACCGACGCCCCUCCACCUCUUUAUGAAUGCGCCGCUGCAUGCUGAGGGCGAUAUCCACGAUGAUGGUGCAGGCGCAAAGGGUGUCACGCUUAGUGUUGAGGAGCCGCAGGGGAAGAAGAGGUGUUAUGUUCGGUUUAGGGCUGAGCGGGAUGUUGUGGUGGUAUUUAGUGCCUGCCCGAUGGAUGUGGGCAAGCAGAAUGGGGGGAGGUGUAUGGCGAGUAAUUUUAUGGUGGAGGAGGUCAAGGAGGGGGAGGAGGGGAAGAAAGGGGAAGGGAAGGUGGAUGUAAAGGAGGAGGAGGAGAAGGAGAAAGAGAGGCUGAGUGAGGAGCCCAAGCCUAAGAAGAAGCCCAAGAAACUUGAGGUGAGGAGCCAGUCUGCUGCUCCUGUGUCGUCGUAG